AUGUCAUCAAGCUCGGCGAGGGAUGGCGCGGGCGGGAGCUCGCGGAACUACCGCAGCGGCUUCGCCAGGAACCUCGCGAGGCUCCCGUCCAGCAUCGUGGAAGGGCUGUCGAGGUCGAUAGCCCGCCGGGCUCCGAGGAGCCGCCCGCAGGGCAUCCAGGUCCCCCAGCACCACCAGCCGCCGCCGCAGUGGCCUCCUCUUCCAGCUGCUCCUCCUACUCCUCCGCCCUUCGUGCCGGAGGAGCUGUUCUUCUUCAGCGCGUUUGAGCAGCAGUACGGCGGCCACCACCCGUUCUUCUACGGGUGCCGGCUCAGCGAGGUCCUGGCGAUCGCCCGGCGAGAGGGCAAGCACGUGUUCGUGUACCUCCACGACCCGGCCCACCCGUACACGGAGCCCUUCUGCCGGGGCACGCUCUGCUCGGACGUGGUGGUGGAGUUCCUCGACGCCAACUUCGUGUCCUGGGGCGCGGUCACCGGCAGAGGGGAAGGGUCGGGCAUGGCCGCGUCGCUGCAGCCCGGCAGCUUCCCGUUCUGCGCCGUCGUCGCCCCGGUCUCCAGCGAAAGCAUCACAGUCCUACAACGGGUAGAAGGGCCGGUCACGCCGUCGGAGCUCGUGGAGAUGUUGCAGAGAACCAUCGACGAGCAACGCGUUGCUUUUCGAGCCUCGAUGGCUGAUGACCAUGCUGCGGCAUUCAGAGCCUCUAGGGCUGAGGAGGAAGAGAGGAGGAGAUCGGCUCUACGGCUGCGACAAGAGCAGGACGCUGCUUACCUCGAGUCACUUCGGAAGGAUCAGGAAAAAGAAAGAUCCAAAAAGACUCUUCAGGAGGGAACCGCAAGGCCAAAGCCAAAGCCAAGCACGAAAUAUCCUGGCCAGGCAGGUAGAGAAACUAGCAGGACAACCCAGAUCAGAACACCUGCGCAUAAGGAAACUGCACCUUCACACAGAACGGAAGCAAACACCAAGGUAAUGAUAAGAUUUCCCAACGGCGAGAGAAGGCAGCAGAGCUUCGGUCACACGGACACGGUAAGGGAAAUCUACAAAUAUGUUAAUUCCUUGGGCAUACCUGGCAUAGGAAAGUAUCAACUUGUAAGGAGCUACCCAAGGAAAACCUACGGGCAUCAGCAGCUGGAGAUGAAUCUUGGAGAUGCAGGUUUCCGUCCGAGUGUGACACUAUACAUUGAGCAACUUUAG